UAAAGAUUCAGAUCCAGGAUCCAAGAUGUGGUAGUAGUCCGUCUGUGACAUAGCUGAGAUAAGGACUGGAACAACCCUCGCCUCAUCCAGAUCAUGGGGGAGUGGCAGGAAUGGGCUGCAUACUCUCCCCUCUCCCCAUCCAGGGAGCUGAAUGGGCACCUGGCCCUGGAGGAGGAUCAGUGUACCGUGGAUCGAAGAGCAAAUCUGACUUACGCAGAAUUCAUCCACCAAUACGCCUUUUCUAGACCCGUCAUUCUGCAAAGAUUCACCAACAAUUCACUGUUCCAGGACCUAUGCUCCAAAGAGAAGCUCCUAGCAGAAUUUGGGAACUUCAGAAUCCGGCUGAGUACAGCUAACACAUAUUCUUAUCAGAAAGACCUCUCCUUCCAAGAAUAUGUGGAACAGCUGCUACAGCCCCAAGACCCAAACUCCCUAGGGAAUGACACACUCUACUUCUUUGGGGACAAUAACUUCACCGAGUGGGGGCGACUCUUCCAAUACUACUCCCCACCUCCUUUUCAACUCUUGGGCACUACUGCAGCCUACAGCUUUGGAAUUGCAGGUGCUGGCUCUGGAGUACCCUUCCACUGGCAUGGGCCAGGGUAUUCUGAGGUGAUCUUUGGACGAAAGCGCUGGUUUCUGUAUCCUCCAGAAAAGAGGCCCAAUUUUCAUCCCAACAAAACAACCUUGGCCUGGCUACGAGACACAUACCCAGCACUCCCAAUCACAGAACGGCCCCUACAGUGUACCGUCCAGGCUGGUGAGGCAUUGUACUUUCCUGACCGUUGGUGGCAUGCCACUCUGAACCUGGACACCAGUGUCUUCAUCUCCACAUUUCUGGGCUAGGGGCAACAGGAUCCUCCAGGCCAAGGCUGACCUAUUGCCACCCUCUGAUUCCAAGUGCUGUUAAUUUAUUUAAACAAUUUCCCUAUAAUGAAGUAAUGGUGCUAGCUCUAC